GUGCCUGUAGGAUAUCGAAUCAGUAGACUCCGGACCACGUUCUCGUUUAAACCACCCUAAAACUAAGCCGUCUUCUUAUCUCUCAUCGACUUUGUGAAAAACUAGUGACAAACACAAAACUUUAAAAGGUCACGUCACACAGCGAAAAAAAUGUGAUCACUUUGGAAAAUUUGGCACGCUGUAUACACAUUUCAAAAGGUACGUAGAAUGAAAGCGGUUCGACCAACGUUCUUGCGUUUGCGGUACGGGGAUAUCGAGAGAAUUCGAUCGUAUGAGAUGACAUAACAGCGGCGGAGUCGUGAGUGCGGACGAACACGAUGGUGGCGAUCGUAAGCGCUAUCGUAGUCUGUUUGUUGUCGGUGGUGGUCGCCGUUACCGGAGACCACAAGAAAUGCACUUUGGAGUUGCCGACGAACGGCUCGCGCGACGUUUACUGCGAGGCGAUACCGUACAAAGUGGACUUGAGUCGCACCGAUGGUCUGACCGCGCUAGACGCAUCCAAUAACAACUUGGACGGCAUCUACUUGGCCAGCGAUAAGAACGUCACGCUGUCCGCGCUGGACUUAUCCGGGAAUAAUAUCACGACCGUUUGCCACGUGCUCACCAGCGACGCGGUCAAGGUGGAUUCGAUGAUCCUGUCGUUCAACAAGAUAAAUGAUUUCACCUUGUGUUCCGAAGUGAGAAACCUGACGCUGAGCUGGAACCACAUGCGAUCGCUGAAAAAAGCCGACAUGGUGAACGCUUCUCGGCUAGAGGUGCUGGACCUCGGGCACAAUUUCAUCCUGUGGAUCGAGAACGACACGUUCGCCGGCGUGCCGGGUCUGCAGUGGCUGGACUUGAGAGGCAACGCGCUGACCGGGAUAUCGGAGAACAUGUUGCCGAGCGCCACGUUACGGCACUUGGACGUGUCCGAGAACAAUGGGCUGGACGGGUCGACCACGGUGUUCCAGCCGUUCGAGAACCUGGUCGAGUUGAACAUCGCGCGCAACGCGCGACUGGCGCCGAUUGUUCUGGGCUCCGGUCCGAGGCUCCAAGCGUUGGAUGCUUCGCACACCAAUCUCACCGAGGUGCCGGUCACGCCGGCGCCGCUGUUGGGCUCGUUGGUUCUGAGCGGCAACGCGAUUGAGGCAGUGAACAGCGGCGACCUGGACGCGUUCCCGCUUCUGCGCAUGUUGAACAUCAGUGCCAACCGCAUCGGCAUGGUCGAAGACGAUGCGUUCGGCCGGCUCUACCUACUUGCCGUGUUGGAUCUGAGCGGCAACCGGUUGACCGCGGUGCCGAAAAGCUUGCCGGACGGCCUGGAGAUGUUAGACCUAUCGGCCAACCGGAUCCGAAGCCUCAACGUGGACGAUUUCACGGGCUGCAGGCGGCUGAAGGUGUUGAACGUGCGCGGCAACGGGCUGCGGCACGUGCAGGACCUGACGUUCGCGCCGUUGCUGUUCCUGGAUACGCUAGACCUGUCGGAUAACCCGAUUGCUAUGAUCACGCGGGAGAUGCUGACGGGCCCGGUCCGGUUGAAAGUGCUGAAGCUGGAGAGCCUGACGGCCGCGUCGUUGACGCCCGUGUUCCCGUUCACCGACACGCGUUACCUGAACCGCAUGCAGCUGGCACGCAGCCCGCAUCUAGCCGCGAUACUGCUCAACGACACCGCGGUACUGUCGUCCAUGCUGCAGCUGGAACAUCUGGACCUGACGGGUUGUGCGGUGACUGCGCUGCCUGGUCGACUGGCCUAUUGGAUGCCGAAGAUGAGAACACUCGUGCUGGACGAGCCGGUCCGGUGCGCGCCCGGCUCGUCGUGGUUGUCCGACUGGUUGUGCGACAUGUUGCGCGCGUUCGAAGAGUCGCCCGGAUACCGCGGGCCCGCCGAGACCGAGCUCAGGUUGCGUAACUACCGGCGACCGCCCGUGAUCGUGUCGCCGGCCGAAAACGUCCGGUGCAAGCGCGACGACGGCCACGUGCAGCGUGUGUUGGACGUGCAACGGUGUCGCGCGGCCACGACCACUGCGGCGACGACCAGCAGAAGUACCCACCCGGCCAUCACCGCGACGGAACGGAUGGCCAUUGCCGCGCGGCUCAGGGCUGAUGAUGGUACGAAAAACAAGCACGCCACCGCCGCAGCCGCAGCUGUGGUCGUCGUCGCCGAGCCCUCCGUCGUCCCGGCAACCUCACGUCUUGGUGCCGCCACGUUCACGUGCGUCGUGCUCGCGCUGGUGCUGUUGACCUGCGGUACCGUCUGGAUCGGUGCUCGGGCCCACGCUCUCGGCCGGUUGCGUUGGAGGCAGAGCGCGGCGGACGUCGACUACCUGAAUAUCGAGAUCAAAAGCUUGGAGAGUUUACAUCAUCAUCACGUGGAAAGGUGGUAAAACAAUAGUCUGAAGUGUAAACCGUUUAUAACGUAACGAUAAUAAUAAUAAUAAUAAUACAUACAUAUAUACGACCUAACGAAAACGUUUUAUUUUUUUAAUUUUGUUAUUUUGUUUUUUAAAUCUUCGUAUUAUGUGACCGAAGCCGAGCGGUGGCGAAGCGAACCGUUUUAAGAAUAAAUCGUAAAUAACCGGCGGAUUCCAACGCGAGUUGUCCCAUCGAGACAAUUGCAAUUUUCGACGAUUUCACUUUGCAUCGCGAUAUCGAUGACGUAAUUGCUAAAUAGAAUGUAUCGAAUUAUUCAAUAUUAAGGAAACACUCGCGUACCGCUCAAAGUUACGUUACGUACGAAAACCCAGGUUUACAGUUGAAAACGGGCGUUGAACGAUACGCUGUUAAUAUGUUGUAAAUUAUUGGCUUUUUUUUAAAAAAAAAAAAAAAUCGUAUUGUCUUUGAUUUGAUUUU